ACAGGUUAAUUGUAAGCAAUAUUGUUAAAUAUAAUGGAUACCGGCUCGGAUAACGAUAGCGAUGAUGGUUCCAUUAACGGGGGCAAUGGGGCCAAUGAUAUGAGCAUGGAUUUGACCGGCAUACUCUUCGGCAACAUUGAUUCCGAAGGCAAGCUGCUUGACGAUGAUGAGCAGGGACAAACAUUUGGAGCCGAAUUACGUGAAAAUCUAAGUUCACUGUCAAAAUUGGGUCUAAAUUCAAUGCUCCAUGAAGUUAUCGACCAGAAUGAUAGCAAAAAUAUAGACGAAGAAGCUGAAGAGAAACCACAGCCUGACUCCAGUGGCAAUUUAAGUGUUUUUGAUGCUUUGAAAGCUGGUUUAACAAAUGAUGAUGAUGAUGAUGGUGUUAUUAAGGCACAAGACGAUGCUAUUGAUUACUCGGAUAUUAAUGAGUUAUCUGAGGACUGCCCGCGGUCACCACCGCCACUACUUGAGAUACAAACUAGUACACCCACAUUUGAUGAUUUGGAAGAUGCCAUACCGGCAAGCAAAGUAGAGGCCAAGCCAACAAAAGAUGAUAAAGAGUUGAUGCCGCCACCCAGUACACCCAUGCGUGGCGCCUCCACCACACCAAAUGGCGCAGAGGAUGUCAAUGGCAAGACCAACAGCAGUGAAUCUCCUGCCAACGAUGCGAAAGCAGCAGAAGCCAAAGACGCCGAUCGUCGUUUGGAUACACCUUUGGCGGAUAUACUGCCGUCCAAGUAUCAAAAUGUGGAUGUGUGUGAACUGUUUCCAGACUUUCGACCACAGAAGGUGCUGCGCUUUUCACGUCUUUUUGGCCCGGGCAAGCCUACAAGCUUGCCACAGAUAUGGCGUCAUGUGCGCAGGCGACGACGUAAGCGCAAUCAGUCUCGCGACCAUAAGACAAGCAAUGCUGCUGGCUCGGACUCACCAAGUGAUACGGACGAACCGAGACGUCGUGGCUUUGAUAUUUACUUUGGAGCAGACCCAACGCCGGCAGACUGCAUGUCCGAUGAUGAGGACAAGUUGCUGGGCGACUUAAAUAGCGAGGAUGUACGUCAGGAUGGUCCAGAAAAUGGUGAAAACAGCGAUCAGAAGCCCAAAGUGGCUGACUGGCGUUAUGGUCCAGCACAAAUCUGGUACGACAUGCUGGAAGUGCCCGACUCCGGCGAAGGUUUCAACUAUGGCUUUAAAAUCAACCAACAGAACAAACAAUCUAACGACUAUAAGCUGCAAGAUGUUGACGUGAACGUAGAGGUUAGCAUAGCAGAUGAUGCCUUCCUGAUGGUAUCACAGCUUCACUGGGAAGAUGAUGUGGUCUGGGAUGGCAAUGACAUUAGGGCAAAAGUGCUGCAGAAGCUUAAUUCCAAAACAAAUGCAGCGGGCUGGCUGCCAUCCAGCGGUUCACGCACUGCUGGCGCCUUUAGUCAACCCGGCAAAUCAGCAAUGCCUGUGGGCAGCAACAGCAACAAUCCAAGCGGCAACAGCAAGCAGAGCAGCGCUACCAAAAAGGCGUUGCAAAGCGCGGCGCAAAAUAAACAAGUGGAGGCACCCGACGAUACCUGGUACAGUCUGUUUCCCGUGGAGAACGAGGAGCUCAUUUAUCACAAAUGGGAGGAUGAUGUCAUUUGGGAUGCACAGCAGAUGAACAAAGUGCCCAAGCCCAAGGUUUUAACGCUCGAUCCCAAUGAUGAGAACAUUAUACUUGGCAUACCCGAUGACAUAGAUCCAUCCAAGAUUAACAAAAAUAUUGGACCGCCACCAAAAAUCAAAAUACCACAUCCGCAUGUAAAGAAAUCGAAAAUUUUGCUUGGCAAGGCUGGUGUCAUCAAUGUGCUGGCCGAAGAUACGCCACCGCCGCCGCCCAAGAGUCCCGAUCGCGAUCCGUUUAAUAUAUCCAAUGACUCUUACUACACACCCAAGACGGAGCCAACGCUGCGUCUUAAAGUGGGCGGAGGCAAUCUCAUACAGCAUUCAACGCCAGUUGUGGAGCUGCGUGCACCAUUUGUGCCCACGCACAUGGGUCCCAUGAAGCUGCGCAGUUUUCAUCGUCCGCCGCUCAAGAAAUACUCACAUGGUCCAUUGGCGCAGUCUAUACCAUUUGCAGUGAAUCCGCUGAUCAAGCAUAUUAUGAAGAAAGCCAAACAGCGUGAAGUGGAACGCAUUGCCUCUGGCGGUGGAGAUGUAUUCUUUAUGCGCAAUCCCGAGGAUCUUAGCGGCAAGGAUGGAGAUAUUGUGCUAGCCGAGUUCUGCGAGGAGCAUCCGCCGUUGAUGAAUCAAGUGGGCAUGUGCUCCAAAAUCAAAAACUAUUACAAGCGCAAGGCGGAAAAGGACAGCGGUCCACAGGCGGACUAUGUGUACGGCGAGGUGGCAUUUGCUCAUACCAGUCCAUUUCUGGGCAUACUGCAUCCUGGCCAGUGCAUACAGGCGCUGGAGAACAACAUGUAUCGUGCGCCCAUUUAUCCGCACAAAAUGGGGCAUACGGACUUUCUCAUCAUACGCACACGCAACAAUUACUGGAUACGUCAAGUCAAUGGUAUCUUUACUGUUGGCCAAGAGUGUCCGCUGUAUGAAGUGCCCGGGCCCAACUCCAAGCGUGCUAACAACUUUACGCGUGACUUUCUGCAGGUGUUCAUAUAUCGUCUGUUCUGGAAAAGUCGCGAUAAUCCGCGUCGCAUACGCAUGGACGAUGUGAAGCGCGCCUUUCCCGCUCACUCGGAGAGCAGCAUACGCAAACGUCUGAAGCAAUGCGCUGACUUUAAGCGCACAGGCAUGGACUCGAAUUGGUGGGUGAUCAAGCCAGAGUUUCGUUUGCCUUCCGAGGAGGAAAUACGCGCUAUGGUUUCGCCGGAACAAUGCUGUGCCUACUUCAGCAUGAUAGCUGCUGAGCAAAGACUUAAGGAUGCGGGCUAUGGUGAGAAAUCGCUGUUUGCGCCACAGGAGGAUGAUGACGAGGAGGCGCAGCUGCUGGAUGAUGAAGUCAAAGUGGCGCCUUGGAACACCACACGCGCCUACAUACAGGCCAUGCGUGGCAAGUGUCUGCUUCAGUUGAGCGGACCAGCAGAUCCCACGGGCUGUGGUGAGGGCUUCUCCUAUGUGCGUGUGCCCAAUAAACCAACGCAAACCAAGGAGGAGCAGGAGUCGCAGCCCAAGCGUUCGGUUACAGGCACAGAUGCUGAUUUGCGUCGCUUGCCGCUGCAGCGUGCCAAGGAGCUGUUGCGCAAGUUCAAGGUGCCCGAGGAGGAGAUUAAGAAACUAACACGUUGGGAGGUUAUCGAUGUGGUGCGCACGCUCUCCACCGAAAAGGCGAAGGCAGGUGAAGAAGGCAUGGAUAAAUUCUCGCGUGGCAAUCGCUUUUCCAUUGCGGAGCAUCAGGAGCGCUAUAAAGAGGAAUGCCAGCGCAUCUUUGAUUUGCAAAAUCGCGUGCUGGCCAGCUCUGAGAUACUCUCCACUGAUGAGGAUGAGUCUUCCGCCUCGGAGGAGUCAGAUCUGGAGGAGUUGGGCAAGAAUUUGGAGAAUAUGCUGGCAAACAAGAAAACCUCAACACAAUUGUCGCUGGAACGCGAAGAGCAGGAGCGUCAGGAACUGCUGCGGCAGCUGGAUGAGGAGCACGGCGAUGGCAGUAGCAAGGCGGCCAAGGCCAAGGAGGAGGCAACACAGCAGCCACUGGCCAAUAACAAUCAUGGACGCAUUUUGCGCAUAACACGCACGUUCAAAGGCAACGAUGGCAAGGAGUACACACGUGUGGAGACUGUGCGACGCCAGGCGGUGAUAGAUGCCUAUGUAAAGAUACGCACCACCAAGGAUGAUCAGUUUAUCAAACAGUUUGCCACGCUGGACGAGCAGCAAAAGGAGGAAAUGAAGCGCGAAAAGCGACGCAUACAGGAGCAGCUGCGUCGCAUUAAGCGCAAUCAGGAACGCGAGCGUUUGGCGCAGCUGGCGCAGAAUCAAAAGCUGCAGCCCGGCGGCAUGCCCACAUCGCUGGGUGAUCCCAAGAGCUCGGGUGGUGCGCACAAGGAGCGUGAUCAUAGCCACAAGGAGGUUAGUCCAUCGCGCAAAAAGUUCAAAUUGAAGCCCGAUCUGAAGCUCAAGUGCGGCGCCUGUGGUCAGGUGGGACAUAUGCGCACCAACAAGGCGUGUCCACUCUACACGGGCAUGCAGAGCAGUCUCUCGCAGUCGAAUCCCUCGCUGGCCGACGAGAUGGAUGAGCAAAGCGAAAAGGAGCUCAACAUUGAUGACGACGAUCUGGUCAAUGUCGAUGGCACCAAGGUUACGCUCAGCAGCAAAAUACUUAAGCGUCAUAGCCAAAUGGAGGAGGGCAAGCGACGUGGUGGCCUAACCCUGAAGGUGCCACGCGAUGCUAUGGGCAAGAAGAAGCGUCGCAUGGCCAACGAAGUGCACUGCGACUAUUUGCAGCGUCACAACAAGACCGCCAAUCGCAGACGCACCGAUCCCGUUGUGGUGCUCUCCUCCAUACUCGAGCAUAUACUCAAUGAGCUGCGCACCAUGCCGGAUAUAACUCCAUUUCUGUUUCCCGUCAAUGCCAAAAUGGUGCCGGACUAUUAUCGGGUGGUCACCAAGCCCAUGGACUUGCAAUCAAUGCGUGAAUCUAUACGCCAGCGACGCUACACAAACCGCGAAGUUUUUCUAGAGGAUCUCAAACAGAUUGUGGACAACUCGGUCAUCUAUAAUGGACAAAACAGCGCGUACACGGCCAAUGCGCAGCGCAUGUUCAAUCGCUGCUUUGAGCUGCUCGCUGAGCGCGAAGAUAAACUUAUGCGUCUGGAGAAGGCAAUCAAUCCGCUGUUGGACGAUGACGAUCAAGUCGCCUUGAGUUUCAUAUUUGAGAAGCUGCAUACGCAGGUUAGGGCGCAAUCAGAGAGUUGGCCCUUCCAUAAACCAGUGAAUAAGAAGGUUAUCAAGGAUUACUAUAUGGUUAUCAAGAAUCCCAUGGAUUUGGAAACCAUUGGCAAGAAUAUUGAGGCUCAUGCCUAUCACAGUCGUGCCGAGUACUUGGCGGAUAUUGAACUUAUAGCCGCCAAUUGUGAGCAAUAUAAUGGCAGUGAAGCGCAGUAUACCAAAUAUGCCAAGACAAUGGUUAUGUAUGCACAAUCGCAGCUAUUGGAGUUCGCUGACCACUGCAAUCAACUGGAGGAAAAUAUACUGAAGACACAGGAACAGGCACGCGCUAAUGCGCCUGAGUUUGAGGAAGCCUGGGGCAAUAAUGAUUACGAUUCAAAUAUGGAUCGUGGCAGUCGCGCCAGCUCACCUGGCGAUGAUUACAUUGAUGUUGAGGGCAAUCCCGGCAGUCUGGUCAAUACCAAUUCCAUACAUCGCAGCAUGGGCGCCGAUAGCAACUUGGCGUUCGCACCAACGCCAAUUCGCAAGUCGGCUGCCAUGCUCGCCGAUGUGAAGCGAGGACGUGGUCGUCCGCGCAAGCAACGCGAAACGGUCGAAGAGGUCAAAAGCCAAAUUCCAGCUAAGCGUGGUCGUGGCCGUCCACGGAAGGACAGCUCUAACGGCUCUAACUUGAGUCAGACGCAAGCUUACUUUCUGGACGAAGACCUGCAAUGUUCUACGGAUGAUGAUGAGGACAACGAGGAUGACUUCCAGGAAGUUUCAGAGGAUGAGAAUAACGCCGCCAAUAUAUUGGAUCAGGGCGAACGCAUGCAGUCCAACAGUGAGACCAUGGACUAUAUUGAUCCCAAGAACAUCAAGACAGAGAUUGACGUUGAGCAAGCACAAACAGCUGAGGACACAUUCGGCGAGGAUGAUAGUCAGCAAGUGGCUCUAGCAAUGGUGCAGUUGAGUGCACAACAGCUGCAAGAUGAAUCUAUGGAUGUAGAUCCCAACUAUGAUCCGUCCGAUUUUCUGGCCAUGCACAAACCACGGCCAGCUUUUGCUGAUUCAUUCAAUGCACAAGCAGCCUUCUCGGACUUUAUGUCGCAGUCACAGGAGGACAAUGGACAAUUCAAUUCAUCGGAUGCUAGCACUAGCGCAGCAGCCGCAGCCAAUUUGGCCGCACAUGAAGAGGAACUGCCACAGAAUAGCAGCAGUAAUAAUGGCAUGGGCAUAGACGAGGAUCUAGAUAUAUCAGAGAGUGACGAGGAGGAAGAUGGUGGUAUUCGCAUUAAAAAGGAGAUUUUUGAUGAUUCAGAGCUAGCUGAGCAGCAGCAACAACAACAACAACAACAACAGCAUCACCACUCAAUGCAGGCAUCGCAAAUAUAUAUGCUGGAUGCAUCCAAUGAGCCAGCGCAUGAAUUGGACAUGAGCCAGCCUGCGCCAGUUGUAGAGCAGCAGCAACAACAACAACAACAGCAGCAGCAGUCAGAACAGCCCCAAGGCGAGAAUGACUACGACUGGAUGACAUUUUAGUCAAACUAUUUAGAAUUAGGUCUGAAUUGUAUGUACUUUCAAAUGAGAACCUUUUUAACAAUUAGUAAAAUAUAAGUCACGAUAACAUUUUA